UUCUUUUUACAGCUACGCACCCGUUUUUAAGGUCUGGGGUUGAUUCCUAUUUCCUUCCCCUCUUCGUUGUUGUGUUGUGUUGACCCAGAGUCUCCUUUCAUGUUACGGUCUUCCCAUUUACGUACGUGUGCAAACGUAAACGGAAGCAACUUGGCAAGUUCUUGGUGUUUUUUUUUGGUAGUUUCAAGGGAAACCCGAUUCGUCUUGCUGUUCGGUGCUCAAUAUAAAAUCUGCAUCGUGGGUUGUUCUCUUCCCUCUGUCGAAGCGGCUGCCCCUCAUUCGUUCUUGUUUCGGUUAAAAAGUCAAACAGGUGGUGGGUUGGUUCGCUUUCGUUGGUGAAAUUCAUUUCACUGCGGCGUCUUUCCUGUCGCUGACCGGCGCAUCUUUAUCUUCUCUUGAAUUGGGGGGGUCAUUUCCCUCUUCCUGGUUGCGAGUUACUGCCGGAAAGAUCUCGUCUUCUAUCGUAUCGCCCUUUGGUUUCAUACGCGAUCUUAGUUUGCGUGUUUUGAUUUUGUCGGUCGAUGUGAUAUAUCUGGUUCUGGGGGAUAUUCGGAGUUUCGGAAUCUGUCUUUUUUUUUUUUUUGUGUUUCUAUCUGAAAGCUUUGAGGUAUGAAAGGGAAAAGCGAUUUGAUGGCGCGCUCGUUCGUGUUGAACACCGGAGCGAAAAUUCCGGCGAUUGGAUUGGGUACAUGGCAGAGUGGCGGUGAUCUUUGCAUCGAGGCCGUAAAGACGGCAUUGUCGGUGGGGUACCGGCACAUCGAUUGCGCUCAUCUUUAUGGUAAUGAGAUUGAAGUUGGAGAUGCGUUGGCUGAAGCUUUUAAAAGCUCAUCACUGAAGAGAGAGGAUCUUUUCUUGACCUCCAAGCUCUACUGUAGCAUGAAUUCCAUCAAUAAGAUUGAGAAUUAUGUUAGAGUGUCUCUCAAGAAUUUAGGAGUUUCGUACUUAGAUCUAUAUCUUAUGCACUGGCCAGAAAUCUCAGCAUUCGGUGAUGCAACCGAUCCGCCUCAGAAGUUGGGAAGUGAGUAUAAGCAGUUUCUCAGUAGGUUGAAGAAAUCGUGGAAAGCCAUGGAAGGUCUGGUUGAGUUAGGUCUUGUUAGGGCCAUCGGUAUCAGCAACUUUAACGUUCAACAGAUCAAAGAACUGCUCAAGUUUGCCAAAAUAGUUCCUGCAGUCAAUCAGAUGGAGCUGCAUCCAUUCUGGAGGCAAGAUGAACUUGUAAAAUUUUGUCAGUUAAAAGGCAUCCAUGUGUCUGCUCACACACCUCUUGGUGUACCUAGUUCAAGUCCUGCACCAUCAGAUAGCGGAUCAGGCGGGGAAGAUGAACCUGGAACUCCCCGCAUAUGUUUUAGGAGGUCAAGAUCGGUACAUGGGCCUAUGCUCAAGCUGUCUGUUGUAGCAGAAAUAGCAAAUAGACACAAAAAGACUCCCGAGCAGGUAAUUUUGCGAUGGGGACUGCAAAGAGGAACUAGUGUCCUGCCAUGUAGCUUGAAUGCCGACCGGAUAAGGAAGAACAUCGACAUCUUCAAUUGGUCACUUUCCGAUAGCGAGUGGAAUCGCCUGAAUCAAAUCCAACCGCAGGUGUGCUUAUUCGGGAACGGACUCACGAACCACCUCUUAGACAGCAGCUUUCUUCCUGGGAGUGUUCCUCUUCAGUCGGUGCGGGAGAUGGAAGAUGACGUGGAAUCGAAUGUUUGAUGUAAUCGGUGGUUCUCACCAUUCAACUUGUUUAUGUCAUGUAAAAGCGAAAGAAUGUUGUUUUCUUAUUCUGCUGAAUUAGAUGCUGGUGGACAAAUGUUACAGACUGAGAUUUUUCCGAAAAUGGUGUAAUACAGGAAGAAUCUUCAUCUA